GUAAAGCAAAAGAAACACUAAAUCGAUACUAAGGAAUAAGGAUGGGGUAGCAGUAGUCGUUUCACUAUCUCCACUUAUCAUAACAUAAUUUCAACAACAUCCCCUUCUCUUUCAGAUUCAAACCUUCAUAAUUGCUUAAUUUGCAACAUAAAGAUUAAAUCUUUAUGCGCUAAAGAUUUUCUUGAUGAUUUGAAUGAGAGAGGAAGGUACGUGUUCAUGAUUCUACUUCGAUAUUUCCUAGUGAGUAUCGAAAAAGAUUGAAUCUUUCUUGUGGGGUUGUGAGUUUUUGAAGAUCAAUGAUUUGGUUUUGAAACAAAGAUAGUGAUAUUAGGGUUUUGGGAGAUGGGAAAGAAGAAGAUACUCAAGAAAACAAAGGAGGUAUCAGUUGCAAUAGCAGAAUCAUCAUCGGUAGUGGGAGAACAAAUUGCUAAAAGAAAGAGAGGGAGGCCAAGAAAGAUUGUGGAGAAAACAGAAGAAGAAGAAGUCAAAGAACCAAUAGAAGAAAAAAGUCAACAAGAUUCUGAGGGAGAACCUGAGUCAAAGAAAGCAAAGUCAAAUGAAGAAUUGGUCAAAAGAGAAGCGACAUCAUCUUCUACUACUUCUCAUCAAGAUCAACCAAGAAGAAGCAGAAGAAAAAGCAAGCCAAGAAAGAGCAGCUAGCUAGAAGAACAUUGAUUUUGGAAAGGUAACUUUCUUUAAUUCAUUUUGUUCAUGGGAUUAUUGGAAUAUUAUUGUUGUUACUAUUAUUAUUACUUCUUGAUUCUUGAUUAGAUCAAGAACGUAUGAUGAAUGAAAGUUAAUUUGGGUUUGGUUUGUGA